AUGCCGUUCAUGCCGGUGAAGUUCAACCUGCAGAAGCGGGUGAAGCUGGCUCAGGGUCUGUGGAUGAUCUACUGGCUCUCGGUCAUCGUGGGGAUACUCCUCUUCAGCCUCGGCAUCUUCUUCAAGAUCGAGUUGCGGAAGAGAAGCGAGAUGAUGGACAACAACGAGAGCCAUUUAGUGCCCAACCUGUUGAUCCUGGUGGGCCUGUUGGCCUGCGGGGUUAACGCCUUCGGGGGGAAAGUGUGCCACGACUCUCUGGACCCAAUCAAGUUUGCCAAGUGGAAGCCGAUGCUGAAGCCAUUCCUGCUGCUUUGCUGCGGCUUUAACGCACUGCUGCUGCUGACUGCGCUGCUCUGCUUCCUCAUGCAGUUCGCCGUGUACCUGACGCUGGCUGAGGGCCUGAAGAACAGCAUCAAGUUCUACAAAGACACCGACACACCGGGGCGCUGCUUCAUGAAGAGGACCUUGGACUUGACGCAGAUCGAGUUCCGCUGCUGCGGCAACAACAACUUCAGGGACUGGUUCGAGGUGCAGUGGAUCAGCAACCGCUACCUGGACAUGAGCAACGACCUGGUCAAGGAUCGCGUCCUUAGUAAUGUGGAGGGAAAGUACCUGAUGGACAGCGUCCCCUUCAGCUGCUGUAACCCCGGCUCCCCUCGGCCCUGCAUCCAGCACCACCUGACCAACAACUCGGCCCACUACGACUAUGAUCACCGCAUUGAGGAGCUCAACAUCUGGACCCGGGGCUGCCGGGAGGCCCUGUUCUCUUACUUCAGCAGCAUGAUGACCAGCAUCGGAGUGCUCAUCAUCGCCACCAUCAUCCUGGAGUCGGUGGACAUGGCGGGGUUGAAGUACCUAACCACGGCUCUGGAGACGAUGGAGGACCCGGAGAACCCGGAGUGCGAGAGUGAUGGCUGGCUGCUGGAGAAAGGAGUGAAGGAGACGUUUGGCGAUCUGCUGGCCAAGCUGAAGACGCUUGGGAAGACCAACCAAGUGGUGGAGGGUGGGGAUGCACCUGAGGCCGCCAACUGA